CUCCGGUCGGAGUCGGGGAUUCUGUCGGCCUGUGGUACUUACUCUUUCAGAACCUCUCAAUUUGAAUGAUAUCAUUUUAAAUUGAACAUGUAUCUCUCGCUACGUGGGAAUUCGUGUGGAGGGAGAGCUAGCUAAUCAAUUUCAAGGCUUCCAAACGUGAAGAGUUUGUCACAGUUGCCAUUCACGAGCACCAAGGACAUGACGUCACGCGUUCGUCAGUCCGUGAACGUUGGCCACUCCGUCGCGCUCGCGGGCGAGGUAUAAAGCUAUAGCUGUCGCCGCAACUCAGAUACAAAUCCCCGCUACAAUUGUCCGCAAUGCCGAAGACAACGCUCGGCAAUACGCCGACGACGCUCAUCCGCCUCCGCACUGCCGUCCAGCAGUACCCGUGGGGCAAGCAGGGCUCGGCCUCCCUUGCCGCUCGUCUCGCCAAGAACAGCGUCGGUCCUGACUUUUCCAUCGACGAGAGCAAGACGUAUGCAGAGAUCUGGAUGGGCACCCAUCCGAACGGGCCCUCACACCUCUACGAUGCACCCGACACGUCCCUCCACUCCAUAGUCGCCUCCAAUCCCGCCGUGAAUCUCCCACCCUCCUCCACCGCUCAGACCCAAUCCAAAGUUCCCGUGCCCGCAACUUCCUCCGAUUCGCCUACUGCAGGCGGCGGCGGCACGCACAUUCCUUUCCUGUUCAAGAUCCUGUCUAUCCAAAAGGCACUGCCUCUCCAGGCCCACCCCGACAAGGACCUCGGCGCGCGGCUCCGCUCCCAACACCCCGACCUCGCUCCGGACGCGAACCACAAGCCUGAGAUUGCUGUGGCAAUCGGAGCACCGCUCGAGGAUGCGCGCGAGGGCGAGAGCUUUACGGGUUUUGUGGGAUUCCGACCCCUCGAGGACGUCGCUGCGAGCCUGAGGAACGUGCAUGAGCUGCGGCAGGCUGUCGGAGACGAGCAGGCUGUUGACGCGUUCGUGCGCGAGCCGAACCGCGAGGGGCUGAAGCGUGUCUGGGGAGCGUUGCUGAAGAAAGGGCCGAGCGGGGAGGUCAAGCCGUUCGUGGAGAAACUGGCCGAACGUGUGCAAGGGGGAGGCACGGACGGACUGACGGAGGAGCAGGCGUGGCUAGUGAACAAAGUCUCACAACAGUACCCGGGCGACGCAGGUGUGUUCGCGACAACAUUUUUCAUGAACUUCGCGAAGCUUCGUAAGGGUGAAGCGCUCUGGAUCGGCGCAGACGAGGUACAUGCCUACCUUGAAGGAGACAUCAUCGAAUGCAUGGCCAUCUCCGACAAUGUUCUCAACGCCGCCUUCUCGCCACCCUCUGAGCUCGCGGCACAGAUCCCCAUAUUCGUCGACAUGCUCACCUACACCGCGCGCCCCGCGGGGCACUGGGCGCUCCCGCCCAAGGCGUAUGCGCGGGGAACGCACGGGCGCACGACCGCGUACGACCCGCCGCUGGAAGAGUUCGCCGUGCUACGGACAGUGCUGGGGAACAGAGAAGGGAGGGAGGUGCUGAAAGUGCGCGGACCGCUUGUGGGGAUUGUGACGAAGGGUGCGGUGGCGGUGAGUAGCGGUGGGGAGGAUAUGGUGCUUGACGAGGGAGGCGUGGUGUAUGUCGUGCAUGGGGGAGCGGGCGAGCGCGAGGUGGGGAUUGAGCUGAAGGAGGCAGGUGUGAAUGGGGAAGGCGAGGUCUGGUGGGCGGUGUGUGAGUAGAGGAUUUGAAUGCGUCAGAGAGUUGAUGUUCAUAGAAGUAUUGCCAUUGGGAGAUGGGCAGCUGGUGGCUAUCUUGGGCAGCUGACUGCUGGUUAUUGACCAAUUAAUCAUAACUGCAGUUGUGCGUAUUAGUUUUGUCAAC